AUGGACUUCGAAUCUUCCGAUAUUCUGGGUGGUGACCUUUCGAUUUCGCACGAUGUUUCUUUAGGCGCAUGGUCCCUCGCUCGUGCAUCGUUAGCAGGCUUUAUUCUGCUUCCUGCGGCCUUUCUUCUGCUACAUAUCUUCGCUGGCUUAUACCGAUGGAGAGAUUCGACACAAAAGAAGGCCACACGCAGGAGACACGGCAUUCCCGACUAUGACCAUCGCCCAUUCCCGAUAGCUCUUGGUGCUGCUCUGCGUGCUCGAGAACAAGACACGGCAGCACGGUCGCGUGAAAAAGAAAAAGACGAGACAUCUGUGCCCCAGUCUCACCCGGUUCAGCCUAAUCUUCCACAACUUGGACAGCGAGUCUCACAUCUUGCUGACACCCAUUUUUCACCGGCUCCUCCUAACAAUAUAGUCGCGCCUGUUAUUGCGAUCCGUGGAGAGGUUGGACCGGCCACUGGAUACAGUGGCGUACCUGAGAAUGCAGGUCAAGACGUGGCUGCUAAUAUCCCUCCCACUCCCUUGGCCAACGACUUGAAUCAUCCCAAGGGUGAUCCUCCGCGUGUCCACCGGAAGCACGCCCGCGAAGAGGAGGGACCUACCAGAUCUGGGCACAAGAGGUCACGUACUGAGGGUGGUUCGAGUUCGGAUGAUGAGAAACUCUCGGCAGCGCGAGAGUCAGAGAAAGAGAUGGACGUAGAUGAAGAAAUUGCCCCACCCAAGAGAGGUUUCAAAAGAACGGCUAGCCACGUGGUUGAUGAAGGUCAUCAGCGCUCUGGUGGGCGGGAUAAGCGGGCGAGGAAAGCACCCCGCGACAAGGAGCCUCAGGAAUAUCUGGUCGAUGAGGAGAUGCGUGAUGAUGAGGCCACCAGUAGAAACCAGAGGGGAAAGAAGCGUGUUAGAGUUGAGAUGGGAGAGGAAGGCUCAGUUGUUGAGGAUGACGAGGAUGAAGAGAGGGGGCGUCGACGAAGAAAACGGAGAGCUAUGGCGCACAAAAAACCGGAUCCCGUGCGUGGUCAGAAACGCGCUCGGGAAGCUGAAGCGUUGGACAGUGAUGAAGAGGAGCCGAAGAGGGAUUCACGUAAGAAACGCGGCAAGAAAGGGCAUGUUGCUUAUGAUCUUCCGGUGGGCGAACUCUCGCAAGAUCCUCUCUGCAAAGGAAGACAUGUUGGAGAGGAGUGGGAGGUUAACGGGAUGCAUUACAAGGUAGGUGCCAACGGCCAGCGCCUUCGCCGUGAGGUUGUGAAGCAGUCUCGCUCAAGGUUCCAUAUGCCUAGCGACUCCCAUCAUCCAGACCGUGCAACACACAUCGAUGUCUUCGUAGAGACAUGGUUGUCUGAGGAUGAUUACAAGGCUGCAAAGGACCGCCAAGAAUUAGCCUGGCAAGAUAGUCCCAAAGUUGUCAGCGAACCUGCCACUCCUGGUGAUGUGCCGCACACUCCAAAUGAUGGCAAGGGUCUCCUGUGGUCGUCGAUGAUGUCACAAGAUGAUAGCCCUUCGCCGGUGCCACCUAGAGAACCUUUCAUGCAGUCAAUUGCAACCAAUGUCGGUCUUCACCUGAACCCGUUCCAACCAGAUGCUCUUUCACGCCGCGUGUCUUCCGUGCAUCAAAUCGACCCGGAGCCAUCCGCAGUUGAGAGCCCGAAAAUCCACAGUUCUCGAUCGUACUCCAAGUGGGAGAAGCAGAACUUGGAAGCUGCUGCUAUGGAGCAAAUGCGGGUGAAGCAACUACAGGUUGCUCGUGCCUCUGUGGACACCGGGAAAGCGACAGCUGCUCUGACAAUGUCUGCUUCUUCCCUAGCUCCUGCGGCCGCCAUCCCAUCAAUCACGCUGACGCCUCCAGGGGAUAAGCCCUCUCAACCGGACCAGCAGAAGACGCCUGCACCUUUGUCUUUCGGAGGCCCUUCAAUUGGCGCGUCUACGGAUACGCAUAUGUCUGUCCCGAAGCUCACUAUUCCUGAGUCAACGCCCGCGUCCAGUAUCACCUCGGACACGAUCAAAGCACCUACCUCUGGAUCCCCAGCUGCGCCUACCACCACUUCUUCUACAGCUCAGAACAAGUUCACCUUUACACCCUCAACUCCUUCGUUGGGAACUCAGUUCUUCGGACAAUCAGGUUCGGGUGCAACACCUUUACCCAGUUCGACCUCGAGUGUGCCCAACUUCUUUGGGGCAAAGGGAGCGUCCACAUCCGCGCCCACAAGCAGUAUCACUGCGCCUGCAUCGAACCUCUUCGGUACUACGAAACCUCCCGCAGCAGGCCAGGCGAGUGCGCCAGCCAAAUUUUCGUUCAAUUUUGCUCCAUCGUCUGCCGCUCAAACAGGGGCGUCUUCUACUCCCCAUGGGCAGGAGGAUUCGAAGCAAUCGGAGCAGUCGGAACAGAGCAAAGUUCCUGCUAGCAAUUCCCUGAUCAGUCGUCUCGGGUUGACUCCAGCUUCUACUGCAUCUCAGACACCGUCCACUACAACUGCGGCGACGGGUUUUUUCACUGGUAUAACCCCCACGUUUGGCCCGCCAGCUGUUCUUGGUUCGAACGCAUCAGCAGACGUUGGACAAACGAGCGGGAGCCCUUUCGCAGAUGCAGGCGCGGCUACCACGAACGCUGCUCCUAGCUCCAGCACUCCGAGUCCACCAAAGUUCAGUUUUGGAUUCACAUCCAAACCGACCAGUACUACUCCUACACCCGCAUCCACUGCUGCACUUGCUGCUGAGGCACCGAAACCUGCCUUUUCGUUCAACUUCGCAGCCCCAGUGCCUUCUGCACAGCCUGCAACGCCCUCGGCUUCGAGCGGUUCAUCGUCUGCAUUCGGAGCCUUUGGUGGCUCUGCUAAGCCGUUCGGAGCGCCUGCUGAUUCCUCCACGAGUGGGAUGAGUGGCGCGGCGCCAGCGAAGCCAAUAUUCAACUUUGGAUCAAGCUCGUCUACUGCGUUCAGCAGUGGGACUACUCAACUGGCAGACAGCAAUAAACCAAAGUUCUCAUUCGGUAAUGCAGGGGCUAGUUCUUCCUCUACACCAUCGGCAUUUGGAAACACUGCUUCCACCUCGUCGCCCGCUGCCACGAAUACGACGGGGCCGUCGACAGCUCCGACGGCAGCAGGUGCCGGCGAAGCGGAGACGAAGCCGAAGUUUUCAUUCAACUUCGGCUCCACUGCAUCGACGUCAGCGUUCGGUGCGCCAUCUUUCGGUAACCAGGCUACCGCGCCUGCGUUAGGCACGCAACCCACCACCUCCAACACUAAUGCUGCGCCUUCAGCAUUCGGUGCGACAUCUUUUGGCAAUAACUCCGCGGCUACGCCUUCCGCGUUUGGUGCGUCUUCUCUUACCAACAACGCCACGACCGCUCCGGCGUUCGGCACGCAACCUUCUACCGAUAAUGCCGCCGUCCCCGCACCUUCUGCGUUCGGCAACCCGUCGCAGACCCCUACUCCUAGCGCGUUCGGAUUCACCAACCCGCCACAAGCCUCUACUCCUAGCGCGUUCGGAUUCACCAACCCGCCACAAGCCUCUACUCCUAGCGCGUUCGGAUUCACCAACCCGCCACAAGCCGCUACUCCUAGCGCGUUCGGAUUUACCAACCCGCCACAAGCCGCUACUCCUAGCGCGUUCGGAUUUACCAACCCGCCACAAGCCGCUACUCCUAGCGCGUUCGGAUCCUCCAACCCGCCACAAACCUCUACUCCUAGCGCGUUGGGAUCCUCCAACCCGCCACAAGCCUCUACUCCUAGCGCAUUCGGGCUCUCCAACCCGCCGUCAGAUGCUCGCGUGUCGGCGUUCGGGUCGUCAUCAAAUGCGGAGGAGAAGAAGUGA